AUGUUUAUAAGGUUUGGGAACAGUCCAGGUAUGGGAGUUUGGAAAAGCGCGAAUAGGUGCUUGCGCUAUGUUGGCCGGGAGUUUCUGUAUGUGAAAAGGGCUCUUCUCUUGCGGCCUUUGGUUGAACCGGGCAAAGGUAAACCCUAUUCGUUCGUUGGCCUUAUAUCGAAUGUUAUCUCUUUUUCGUUGCUGGUACUGCUUAGUUCGUCUAUUUACAAAACAGUAUUGGUGGAUGGGUGGAAAGGCCGGGAGAAGUCGGGGAUUUACUUGGCGAUUAAUGCUAGUGUAGUGCCCUUUUGGAGUGCGGUGGCAUGUGGGUCGUUGGUUUACCGUGGCUUAUUUGAUUUUGAGUUGUUAGAAGCGGCCUAUGUGAUUAUAUAUUCGGUGACAACCAGCUUUCCCAUUAUGUGUUUAGGGAAGCUAUUAAUGAUAUCGGUGGUUGAUCCGGAUUUCAGGCUGUUUUUACUGGGCGGCGUACGGGUGUUAGCAGCUUUGCUAGCAACGUGUUUUGUAGCGGUUAAUGCGCAGUGUCAUCUCAAAAGCAAAAUACGGGAGAUGGCUUCGCUUUGUCUGGCAUUGUGCAUUCAAGUUAUCUUUGUCUGCUUUUCCGAGAUGACACCCCAAUCAGUGGUUACUCUAGCUAAAAUUGGCUAG